CACCCCAAUACAGUUAAAUAAAGAAAAUAUGGACAGUCGAGAUGGCAAGUUUAAAGUGUGAUACUAUCUCCACAAGUCUGACAAGAGUCAAACCAAUUCCUCAGGAUAGGCAUUUUAAAGUUAUUGCCCAGAAAAACAUACUUAAAGGACAUGGGACAUGAAACAUAAAUGCACGCUAUAUCAGUUUCUUUCCAUUAAAAAUAUGAAAUAAUUGCAUCAACAAAUACAAAAUUAUCUAUUAAAUUCAGCAAAAUUGUUAUAUUCGUGAUGAUUAUAUGGCAUUUCUGCUCGAGCUCCGAUAUGCAUAUUUUACAACCGGAAGAGCCGCUGUCACGUGAUCAUACGUCACAAAAACUUUCGGGUACAGCACAAGCAGGUAGAUGAAUAUGGAGAAGUGUGAAUCGUGAUGAUGACGAAUGUGACAAAAUAGUUUUUGUGUCUUGGAUGACAAGAAAAUUGUUUCGUUUUUAGAGUGUUUAACGUACAUUGAACAUCAUGGUGUAUUGCGACUUCCCAGUCAAUCAGACGCGCUGUUACUCCUGUUAGCAAUGUAGCUAGGCUCAGCAUGGCCAAUGGUAUUUUUUGGGGCUGUAGUUAGAUGCGACCAAACUCUUCCGCGUUUUUCCUGUUUACAUAGGUUUAUAUGACCAGUGAUAUGAAACAAAGUUCAGUUACACAAAUUGAAACGUGGCGAUUUUCUAUGCUAUGGAAAGUCCGCACUAUAAUGACAGGCAUACUAACACCUUCAGCGCGUUUCGACAGCGCAUUGAUACCUUCACUCGGAGUUGUACCAUUAUUUUUUAGACAGGGCGGACAGACCAGGGCAUUCGCCCGCCUGGCCGUGCCCGACGAGGAGCGCUCUCGGCCGGCUUGGGAGGCAGACGGCAGCCCCUCCUGGAAGUGUGGUUUUACCAUGGGCCUCAUGCGGUAAGGAAAUCACUGUCCUGAAAAAUGUUGGGAUGGUAAGGCCAUAUGCCUGUGUAUUGAAAGCCUGCCUGAAUGUUUCUUUGUGUUGCGGCUGUGGGUAGGGCGGUCUUCACAAUCCCUGGAAUAUCAUAAAUAGUCAUUGCUUUACCUGGAUUCACCCUCAUCCAAUCAUCACUAGCCGCGUUGACCAUUUUCUUAAAUGGACCAAACACGCUACGAUCGAGUGGCUGGAGCUUAUGGCUGCAAUGUGGUGGGAAGGUAAGAAGAACAAUGCCCUGGCCUUUACAAAAAUCAACAGCCCUCACAGAAAUGUGUGAGGAGUGAUUAUCAAGCAGGAGCAACACCUUUUUCUGUGGACUAACCUUUGUAUGUUUUACAAAGUGCCCGAGAAAUGCUAAGAAAUCCUCUUCUUGCAUCCAGCCUGACUUAUUCACACUUCCAGCGCUUCCAAGUGGUCCGCUCUGUACAAAGUGACUCUUAAAAUUUCUUCGGGGGAACACAAAGUAGGGAGGUAUGGCAUUUCCAAGAGCUUGCACAGCGUAUGCCACUGAAACUAAUGCACCUCUCUCACCUGACGUCAUGGCUCCUACCUGUUUGACCCCCCGGCGCGCUACCACUCGGGAUGGAGCCUGUACUGUGGUGACCCCUGUCUCGUCCAUAUUCCAAAUGUCUGAACCAUCGAAGUUGUUCCUCUGUAUUACCUCCCCCAGGUGACUGAAGAAGGCCUCCACAUUGGUUCUGUUGAAGGAGGUGGCCCUUGAAAGGCUUGUUGCCUGGGGACUCCUAAUGGAGAGUCUGGGGUUCCGCCUAAUAAAGUUGCAGAACCAGUCAGGCCCCGCCAUCUGCUUCUCAUCCCAGGUUGCAGGGUGCUUUAUUUGGAAAAUGACUGCUAGCUGAAAUGCAAACUUUUUGACCUAUGCAAAAGCAUAACAGGAAGUCUGAGUUGAGCAUACAUUGAGGUUUUUUUUCAUAAAUCAUUUGAUUAAAGCGUUAAUUUUGACAGCACUAGAAUUUAUUUAACUUUUCACUGCUUUUAUGUAAAUGUAUUUAUCAUUCACAAUCAUUAAAUUGACUUUGCAUGAGAGGUCUAAUACAAAUUAACAGUUCUUAACUCUUGCCUAUUCUACCCUGUACUCAGCUAUCAUGCUUACCUCGCGUGGAGUUAGCCCAAAGUAUAUGUCAGCUGCCUGGCUAAUAUAAUCUGCCAACAUCUCCUCCUGCUCCCUGUUGAAAACCAUGUUUGGACUGACGUAUCCUACCCGAGGCAGGUCCUGAGAUCCCUGGUCUUUCAACAGUUUAUACUUCUGCCAAUAUCUGUUAAGGGUAACAUGGCAGAUGCCAUGGUUUCUUGCCACUGCCCUUACAGAUGUACCUUUCCUAAUCUCUUCUGCUGCUCUUUUUAGUAGUUUAGCAUCCACUCCACGAGUUGUUUUCCUCACCCAUGUUCUAGGCAUUCUGCAGAAUUAUCAAAAUCACAAAAAAAUCUUUUUUGUAUGUAAGGGGAUGGUUGUAACACUUUCAAAAAACUUGUUACAUCCUACCCCACCACUGUCAUCCAUUGCUUAGCUAGCUGUAUUAGCAUGGUGCUUUGACAUUAGCAGGGGAUAAGUACACCAUUCUUUACCUUAGAGACUGUAGUUUGACCUGAUAUAACUCAUACAACGUUACCUACAAUGUGUAAAGCACUAGGAAAAAAAAUAAUAUAAAAAAAGUUACUUUCUUACCUCAGACUUUGUUUUUUUCACUUCUCUCCGUGAGAACUUGCGCCAACGAUUUCCAAAUGUCUAUGCGUGGUCGAAAAGGAACUAUGAAGAGAUUCUAAUUGCCACAUGACUUGUAUCUUAUCCCUGAUUGGUGGAAUUAGUUGCGUUACAACUCCCCCCGUGUUACAACCAUACCCGGUUUCCUAUUGAUUAUCAUAAUUCUGACUCGUUUCGCCAUUUUGAAUGUUUUCAUCUCGGACUCUGGAAGCAUUGUAUCUCAAUCAAUCUCGAAAAAUAUCAGCAAAAAAAAAACUAGCUUGCAACGGACUUUAGCUAGAUCUAUGAUGAACUUUCAAUGUAUGAUACAAAAAUAAUACUUCUUUCAACAGAUCAUUAGCCUUUGAGCAGAAUUGUUUUUAACUUACCAGGAUGUGUUAUCGAGCCGACCGCUUUCAGUUUCAUGGGGAUUGAAUGAACUCUCACUCUCAGAAUCAUCUGACCUGUCAGAGUAAAGACAAGAUCUAUGUUCAUGUGAAUUUCCAGCUAUCGGUUCGAAUUGAUAGGGUCUAACUUCACAUCUCUGUGAAACAUCGGGAAUGUCACUGUCGAUGGUGUCCAUUUCGGUAACCUGUUUACAUUAGAUACCCAAGCGCUGGCUCCUUGAAAAGUUUUUGUGACGUCACGGGUCACGUGACCACUUAGCUAAUUAACGAAUCAUUGUUUAACGCUGAUGUAUAAAAAAGUUGAAUAAUGUGAUGAUUUUCACAUUUUUGAUGCCCUGCGGUGAUUUAGAUGGCAUUUCUUAUGUCCUUUAUACAUAAUUAUACCCAGAAAAAAAUCCAUGUCCCAUGUCCUUUAAUGAUGUGAACCGAUAGCCAGAAUUAAGAAAGAUCUGUUUAUUUAUUUUAGUCUUUUUACCCCUCUUAUCGUUGUUCAGAUGUUAACUGUGACAUACAUCUGUGUAGGAAAGGAUGGUUGAAACCUUGCUUUUAGAGAUAAUGGAGCAGGAAGCGAACAAAAUGUCCAAUAGCCAUGUUAGUUAGGCUGCGAUAUCAUUCCAGUUUUAGUUAUAGGUUUGUUGUUAGUGAUGUUAUAAAUUAUACUGUAAAUGAUUAUUUACAAUGUUAAGUGUCAUCUGUAAGCAUGUGUUGUGAUUUAAAGAGUGUGUUAAUGGUGUAGCCUAUUAAAGACUGAUGAUGGCUGAGGCUCCGCCCACUGGCGGCAGGUGCAGCCUGCUAAGCAUUAAAUCAGUGCAGCUAGACCGGCGCUCCUUAGGGCCGCUUCCUGGGCUGAGCAACAGGGAUGCGCACUUCUCUAUUCUCUAAACACACAAUACAGGAUUAGCGAUCAGCAAGCAAGAUGAGUUGGGCAGCACUAUAUAGCCAGCUAGGAGGCGUGAACAAACAUUCCACUAGCCUGGGAAAGAUCUGGCUCUCGGUUCUUUUCAUUUUCCGCAUCACCAUCCUGGUGCUGGCUGCAGAAAGUGUCUGGGGAGAUGAACAAUCAGACUUUACUUGCAACACACAGCAACCAGGUUGCAAAAAUGUCUGCUAUGACCACUUCUUCCCAGUCUCUCACAUCCGUCUCUGGUGCCUACAGCUGGUCUUUGUUUCUACCCCAGCUCUACUGGUGGCUAUGCAUGUCGCGUAUCGUAAGCGUGGUGUCAAGAAAGAACUCAUUGCAUGCAAGGGUGACAAAGCGAAGGAGGAAGACCUAGAGGGUCUGAAGAACAGACGCUUGCCCAUUACAGGCCCACUGUGGUGGACCUAUACUUGUAGCCUGUUCUUCAGGCUCCUUUUUGAAGCUGGUUUCAUGUACGCCCUCUACUUUGUCUAUGAUGGCUUCCAGAUGCCACGUCUUGUCAAGUGUGAACAGUGGCCUUGUCCAAAUAAAGUUGAUUGUUUCAUCUCUCGACCAACAGAGAAGACAGUUUUCACUAUUUUCAUGGUGGGAUCUUCAUCUUUGUGCAUCGUGCUCAACGUUGCAGAGCUGGUCUAUCUGAUCAUUAAGGCAUUGAUGAGAUGCUUCUCUAGAACCAAGAGGAGGCACUCUUAUAGCCACUCAUCGGAUAUGUCUAAAGAUGGAGCUGUCCUGCAGAACCAAAAGAAUGAGAUGUUGCUUUCAUCAGUCUCUGACUCAAGUAAUAACAAGUCUAUAUAAGGGGUCCAGUGUGUUUCUCCCUCUGCACAGAGAACUUGAUUCCCCCCUGAAUGAACACUACAAAAAUUAACCCCUUUGGACACAAGGAAAAAAAUGCUAUGGAACUUCGUGUACAGUUGUACAUAUGUCCGAAUGGGUUAAAAACGCACAUUUUUAUGCAAUUUUACGACUAUGGUAGUAUUCCGUUCCCCUCUGCUGAAAUAAAAGCAAAAGGCACUUGGUCAUGAACCUCUAAGCACAUUCCACACUUGUCAUUUGGGGACACCUAGUGGUUACCAAAUACAAAAAGUUAACUUGCUGCCUUUUGUUGUUCAGUGUACAACUUGCUUUUAUAUUGUUUCAUUAGACACGUGGGGGGUUAAUUUGUCAUGCUUGAUUGAUUUAAGUUUUAUUGGUACCAAAUUAUAGCUUACAUGACUUCAUAUUGUGAUAGUGUUAAUAUGCAAUGGUGCAGUCAAUGAUUGUGGCUUUCAUGUGGUGUUUUUUUUUAUUUUUAUUUUUUUUUUAAAUAUGAAUCUUAAAUGAUUGGGGAAUUGUGUGCACUUCUGAAAUAUAAUCAGUUGCAUUUCUUGAGUGACGUACAGGAGCGAACUACUUGUGAAUGGUUGUAUGCGUCACUGGUCUAUUAACUUGCCUUAGUUAAUGAAUGUGGCUACAUAUGUUGUAAAAUAUCAUUCAACCUUUUGUGCACCAUUCUAACCACAAUCGGAUAACAGAGGCUCCUAGGGGACAGGAUGUUCCAAUAUCCCAAGGUAACUUGACUCUGGUCCUGGAGGCUUAUUGGACUGGUGGAGUGUUAUUUUUCUAAACACCUGGUCGAGCCCAGAGCUACUUAAGUCCUUCAGUAGUUGGAGCCAUUGUAUUUGGAAUUGGGGACAACCCAAAACUUUAAGGUAGUAGGCCUGUAGACGAGGGACUUCUUCAGAAC